AUGACCCAGCUUCUGGAGCCGUAUUCCGUUACCGUGGUUCCGACAGUUGUCGGACAGUUUUUCCACGAUAUAAAAAAGCUGCGCAACGACGCCUACCAAUUCGAUAACUGUACGCGGGCACGGAAUAGUACCCCUGGUGAUCUGGACAUAAUUUAUCACAAAUUUCCAUUAAAAUAUCUUCGUUAUCAUCAAUGGGUGCAGGCAAUUCCAACCCACUUGCUGGAUUUACCCAUAAGAAAAGAGACCUAUGUCUGCAGUGCACACUUUGUUCCAGAAGCAUAUAAACAAUUAAUAUAUGAAAAAUUAGGGAUAUAUAUAUUGCGCAAAUAUGCAUACCCUACUAUUUUUAACAAUAAUGACAAUAAGGGAAAUGAAACAACGGAGGACAUAGAAAAAAGUCCUCAACAGGAGAUAAAAGAGACAUUAUCACAAACUGGAGAUACCUCUGUAAAGACUUUUGCUGAAAAUAUAGAGGAAUUAGAAGAGGAAAAUCUAUCAACAGAGACAUUAUCACAAACUGGAGAUACCUCUGUAAAGACUUUUGCUGAAAAUAUAGAGGAAUUAGAAGAGGAAAAUCUAUCAACAGAGACAUUAUCACAAACUGGGGAUACCUCUGUAAAGACUUUUUCUGAAAAUAUAGAGGAAUUAGAAGAGGAAAGUCUAUCAACAGAGACAUUAUCACAAACUGGAGAUACCUCUGUAAAGAUUUCUGCUGAAGAUAUAGAAGAAUUAGAAGAGGAAAAUCUACCAACAGAGACAUUAUCACAAACUGGAGAUACCUCUGUAAAGACUUUUUCUGAAAAUAUAGAGGAAUUAGAAGAGGAAAGUCUAUCAACAGAGACAUUAUCACAAACUGGAGAUACCUCUGUAAAGAUUUCUGCUGAAGAUAUAGAGGAAUUAGAAGAGGAAAGUCUACCAACAAAGACAUUAUCACAAAUGGGAGAUACCUCUGUAAAGAUUUCUGCUGAAAAUAUAGAGGAAUUAGAAGAGGAAAGUCUACCAACAGAGACAUUAUCACAAACUGGAGAUACCUCUGUAAAGAUUUCUGCUGAAAAUAUAAAGAAAUUAGAAGAGGAAAGUCUAUCAACAGAGAUAUUAUCACAAACUGGAGAUACCUCUGUAAAGAUUUCUGCUGAAAAUAUAGAAGUAUUAGAAGAGGAAAGUCGACCAACAGAAUAUGUUCAAAAGUGUUUACAUCCACGGGAUCAGACUACCCAAACAGAUAUGUUACAACCAUAUGAUUUAGAUGAUUAUGACGUAAUAUUUGAAAAAGACGAAAUCCAAUCAGAUGAAGAGUCAGAUAAUAAUUUACAUGAAGUAGUAAUUACCACAAAUAAAGUCCAACCAAUCACAGAAUUAGGUAAUAAUUUAUUUGAAGUAACGAUGAGCAGUGAAAAUACAAAAUUAGUUAGAAACGAGAUCCAUCCAGACAAAAAAUCAGAUUCUUCAAUGCUAAUGCCCCAUAAUAUAUGUCAGGCUACAGGACAGACUAUAGAAAUAUCUUCUGAUUCUGUACAAGGGAAAGUAGAAUCUCCAGUGUUACUGCACCAUGAUGCAUAUAAAGAUAUGAGACAGAUUAGGCCAGAAUUAUCUAAUUCUAUACAAAAAAAAGAUUCUUUAAUGCUAGUGCCCCAUGGUAUAUGUCAGAUCAAAGGACAGGCCAUGCAAGUAUGCCCUGCUUCUAUACAAGAAUCUCCAUUGUUUUUACACAAUAAUCAAUGUCAGGUCACAGUACAGGCUAUACAAAAAUCUUCUGAUUCUACACAAGACAAAGAAUCUCCAUUGUUUUUACACAAUAAUCAAUGUCAGGUUACAGUACAGGCUAUACAAAAAUCUUCUGAUUCUACACAAGGCAAAGAAUCUCCAUUGUUUUUACACAAUAAUAAAUGUCAGGUCACAGUACAGGCUAUACAAAAAUCUUCUGAUUCUACACAAGGCAAAAAAUCUCCAUUGUUUUUACACAAUAAUCAAUGUCAGGUCGCAGUACAGGCUAUACAAAAAUCUCCUGAUUCUAUACAAGGCAAAGUAGAAUCUUCUUCAAAACUGAUGCAUCAUAAUACAUGUCAGGCUAUGCAAGAACCCUUUAAUUUUAUACAAGCAAAAGAAUCCCCAACGUUGUUACACCAUAAUCUAUAUCAGGUCACAAAGCAGACUAUGCAAGAAUCUUCUAAUUUAACACAAGAAAAAAUUCUGUUACCCAAGGAUUGUAUAUAUAAAGUUACAGGACAAACUGUGCAGAAAUCCUCUGAUUCUUUAGGAAAGAAGAAAUUUAUCACAUUGAAGAAUUGUAAGUUGUUGACAGUAGCAUCUCCAUUGCUGCACAAUCAUACACAUCAUACACAUCAUGUCAUAGGACAGACCAUGCAGAAAUCCUCCGAUACUCUAGAAAAAAAGGAAUCUCUAUUGCGGUUGUAUGAUACAUGUCAUACCGCGGGGCGGGCUGUGCAGAAAUCUUCUUUACAAAAUUCUCUACAAAAAAGAGAGUUUCCAUUGUGCAAUAAUACAUGUCGGGUCGCCGAACUGGCUCAGCAGAUAUACUAUGAGCCUCCACCUGUUGAAAAUUAUGGUUAUGACUUACUAGAUGACUGGCCAGAUGAAGCAGUUUUCAUACUUAUUGAUGCAUAUAAACAGCAUGAACAUUUAUUAAGAUUUGAAGAAGUUACAGUCAAGCAGUUCUGGACUAUAAUAGCUUCUCAGUUAGCCAAGAAAAAUUAUAAUCCCACAGAUUUUCAGUGCAGACUUAAAAUGAAAGAUUUAAACUAUACUUACAAAAUUAUAAAAAAUCAUGCAAAGGAUUUUAACAAUCAAGCUUGGAAAUUUUUUGAUGUUAUGGAUAAAUUAUUUAAUAAACAACCAUCAGUGGUAUCAAUCAUUACAUCGGACAACAAUAACCCAAAUCUAUCAUUUCCUAAACUAUAUAUUGACAAAUCAUGUCCAACUUCACAUGUAACAGUCUAUGAGCCACCUUUCAAACGCGUAAAACAGGUAGGAGAUGAUAACUUGGGGCAUACAAUGCAGGAUAGUUAAUGUAGAAGAAAAAAUUGAGUAUAAGAAAAUACAAGAGGAAACAAUAGUUUGUCAAGAUAAAUCAUACAGGGUCUUAGAAUAAGUAAUAAUAAAGCAUGUAUUAAUGUUGUUUUAAAAAAACUGAAGUUAACAAUUUAAGUUUUUUAAAUAGAUUUAUUGGAAACAAUUGAUAUUCAUGCAAAAUUGAAUGUACUUCCAUAAAUAGGUAUUACAGUAAGUACUUUUAUUAUAUAAUAUACAAUACAUUAUGAUUAUAUAUUUUCAAUCUGCCAACAGUAUAAUGUAGAUAUACUGUAGUAUUUAAGGAAUAAUUAAAAUAGUGUGUUAUAUACAACUACACAGGCUUGUGUGUGAAACAAACUGGAGAAAGUAAUUUAAGGAACACAUUGGAGAAAAUAGUUUCUGUUAUAAAAGAAAAUACGCCAAAUACAAUAAGUCUAUGAAGGUAUACAAGACAAUGGCAGAAUAAAUUACUUCAUAUUGUAGAAAAAACGUUUAAUAAGUUUGAAAACAGUACACAUGACACCUACAUAACUUUGUGUGUAUAAUUAUAUAAUUGUGCAAUAUAUAUGGAAUUAUGUACAUAUAUAUUAAUGUAAUUUAU